AUGGGUACAAUAAAAUAUGAACCAAGAGAAAGUUCGCGAGACGCCAACCAACAAUUAAAUCAAUUACAAGGAAAUGUAAAUCAAUUACAAGGACAAGUAAAUCAAUCACAACAUCAGAUUACUGAACUUCAACAAUCAAUGACUGCAAUGCAUGCCCUAAUCUACCGACAGAACGAUAUUUUUGCUUUGUUGCAAAAUGAAAUACGUUUAAUGCGACAUGACUUUGCCAGAAUGCAAUUGCAAUUCGGAAUUUUACGAGGCGAACAGGAACAUCAUGACUUCGAAAUCUUGGAUAUCAUCGAUAUAGUUGCAACUUUGAUGGACGAAGUGCUUCGGCAAAUUCCCGAAGCAUAA